AUGUAUGGAGCCAUUUCCAGGAAGGUCAUGCGGCUUACCCGAGUGCAAAGCCAGCGGUUUGCAGAGUCUGCGAAGAUCACCGACUUCAGCUCCGCUGACCUGUACUUCCCUAACCCUGACCGGACCCGGUCCAUCCUCUCCGCCUUCAUCAACUUCAUGAAGUUCUCCGAGCAAAGCGAUGCGUUCAUUACCCGCCUGCGAGAUCAGUCUGCUACCCUCAUCCGAGAACGACAAACCGUGGCUGAGGAGACGGAGGAGCUGCUGCAGACGAUCGCCGUGUUCAACGUCAAGCGAGCGGAAGACGAGCCCAAAUGCGAGGCGCUGCGGCUGGAGAACACAGCGCUCAUGGAGCAGGUCAUCUCGUACAAGGACCAGCAGAUGGGCUUCCUCCAGGAGGUCGAGACCCUCAAGCAGCAGAAGGCGGCGCUCGAACAAGUCACGAAUGAGAUUAGCGUGUCGACCGACAACAUCUCGCACACGCGCUCGCGUAUAGUGCAGUCGCCCGAGCGCAUCAAGCGCAACAUCAGCACCAUGGGCACGACGCUCGCCGAGGACAAGAGGACCGUCGCGGCAAACGAGGUCAAGACCCGCGACCUGCACACGAAGAUCCAAGCGCUACUCAACAUUGAGAAGGACGUGCGCUCGUGUAAGGAUCUGAGUGACUUGCGGGACGCGCUCGACCGUAAGAAAGGCGAACGAGCUGAACUCGGCAUGCGUCGCGAGCGGCACUACAAGCAACUUUCAAACGCUCAAGAGAAGCUCGAGCGCGCUCAACGACAUGUUGAAGACAAGCGACUCGCCAGCCAGCAGACUAUCGAGCGCCUGCAGCGCGAGUAUGAAGAGAUGUCCGUCGAACGACGAGACAACGAUCGACAAGUGGAGGAGCUGAGAGCGGAGGCCGACGUCAUUGAACGGAAGAUGAACGAACACAUGAAGGUCAGUCAAACGGAGAUCAGUGAGUUACUGACGGAAUACUGGAAACUACGACAUGAGACCGAGAUUUACAUGGAGACCUUGGCAAACAAACUAGGCAUCCGAGUCCGUAGCACCUGA